AGCGAUGACUGGCUCAACAUCGAUGCCAAAGACUUCGAGGGAAUGUUGAGCAGGACAACGGGAACGGCUACUGCGAUGGACGUCGACACACCAGAAAGAUCGGCUGUCGAGGAUCGUGUUGCUUCAGAACAAGCAGACAAGUUGAAGGAUCUUGCCUCUAAGGUGGAAGCAUUUGUCGAAGGUCAAGGCAGCCUAGACGGUGCACUUUUUGACGACGAGAUGUCGUCAGAGGAGGAGGAGGAGGAGCUGACUGACGAGCCCGACUCGGAUUCGGACGACGAGGAGAUGGACGAAAAUGCACGCAAUGCAGCCAUGGACAAGCUAGUGCCAGGUCUCGAGCCUUCUGAAUAUGGCCAAAUGCCAGCCAGCUUCCACGCGAACUCCCAACGUGUGGCUCAAGCGACGCUUGAAACAGAGGUUGUGGUCGAACCCGCUCCAGCUGAAGGCUCCAAAGACGAGCUCAAAUCCAAACCUAUCCGAGAGCCCAUUCUCCCGAGAGACAAGUUCGAUGGGGUAGAUUCAGACGACGACACCGAUGAGGAACUUGCUGAUGACGGCGACGAGGAAGAGGAAGAGGAAGACCGACCUCAGGUCGUCGGUGAGAUCGAAGUUGACAUGGGUGAGGAGGAAGACGAAUUUCUCGAGUUCUCUCGUAAGGCCUUGGGGAUCACCGACGAACAGUGGGGCGACAUCUUGCGCGACCGCAAAAGCAGAGGAGCUUUUGUCCCAGAGGGCACUCACGUCCCCGCCAAAUCUAACAUCAAUCCACCGAAGCCCGCUGCUCAACCACGCCCUGAAAAAUUGCCUGAAGCUGGGCCUCGUCCGAAUGUCAAUCCGAAUCUGGACUCGUUCGAGGCGGUCAUGAUCGCCAUGGACGAGGAGCUUUCGCGUUCUCGUUCGUCCAAAAAGUCUGCGUCGUCAUCAAAGGACAAAGGGAAGGGCAAGCAAAAAGCGACUGUUGCAGACGAGGACGAGAAAAUGGAUGACAUAAACGCUGCCAUGGACAGCGAGUUACGAGCAGCUCUGCUGCGGGAAGACGGCGAUGAAGAUGACGAAGAGGAGCCGAUGGAUUAUAACUUGAUCAAAAACUUCCUGGAAAGUUUCAAGAGUCAGGCAGGUCUGUCAGGGCCUGUGGGAUCGUUAGCCAGUCGUUUGGAAUCGGGUUGGCAGUUUCCUCGCGAUGAGUCGUGAGUGUAUUUUACAUUUCACCGAUAGCAUUACAUACGUACUAUUACGUCACCAAUCUGUACUUUGCUUUCCGCCGUGCACCACAGCUCAACGGAUGUGAUUUGGCGACGUCGCUAUGAUCCACGCAGUCCUCAUUUGUGCGUCUCAGCGCUGUAACGCGACCCCAUCGCUCAGAAACCCCAUCAGUCAACACCGCGGGCGUCGCGCGACUAACCAAGUUCUACACCCCGCUGCGGCAGUCCGCACAGACGCUCGUGCCCAAGAUCUUCUCCCUCAUCUGCUCCCGGCCCCCCAAUCUCUGCAACUUUCUCGAAGCCCCAGAGCUCGAUGCGUAUCUCGCACCGAAGGAGCAGCAGGAUGAGCGCUGGCGCGUCGUGUACCGCAGCUAUGCGACGCUGCACUUCGUCUUCGUCGUCGAUAGCGCGGAAAGCGAGCUGGGCAUCCUAGAUUUGAUUCAGGUCUUCGUCGAGUCCCUCGAUCGCGCCUUCGAAAACGUGUGCGAGCUGGAUCUGGUGUUCCAAUUCGACGAGGUACAUCAUAUCCUGGCUGAGAUAAUACAGGGCGGUCUCGUGCUCGAAACGAAUGUGGAAGAGAUCGACAAUGCGGUCCAAACGGCCUCCAAACUACGAAAAGAGUCGUUUUCAUCCGCCAAUCCACUGUCCCUCGGCAUCGGAGUAGGAGGCACAGGAUCCCGGGGCGGCAACUUGAAGUCUCCCAUCGGGUGGUUGACGAGUAAGAUCACCAGUGGACGUGCGAUGUAGAAUAUCCGAUGAAUGAACCACAUUAUUCAAGAUGUCGGGGACGCUGCAGCCAACGUCCGCUUCCGCUUUUUCUUGCCCGCACCGGGCAAUGAACGUGUUGGCGGAUCCUGCGGGCCACCGGGUGUGGGCGUGGACGCCGCAGCUGGUGUCUUCGCAUUGGCCACCGGUGCGGUCGAAGCCUGUGAGUGCGCUCCAGCCGCCUCCGAGCCCACAGGCGGCUCAGCGAUAGCCUCCGUGAUGUGCGCCGAGAAUGCCGUCUUUGAGUGCAGCGCUGUGGCGCGCAUCGCAUUGAGAAGAAGCAUGUUGUUCUGCAGCUUGUUUGCCGCGACUUUGGGCUUGUCCUCCGCGGGCAUCUCGUCCGCAGGGGGCGGCUCCGUGCCCAUUGUUUCAUCUGCGCCUUCGUCUAACGCUGCCGCGGCUUUCUUCUUGAUCUGAGACGCUGUGUCGACUAUGGGCCAGAUGAAGCCCGUGCGCGGGAGAUAGUCUGGCCGUCGAGCGCGCAGAGUGUCUAGAGAACUUUGCAGCGCGCUGAGCGAAGUGAGCUGGAAACGUCCGAUGUCAGGGCGAUGCAAUAUUUUAUGGCAGAAGACUCACGAGUCGAUUCGAAAGUAAUGUAU